UCCCCAGUGACGUCAGGGGGGCCCUCGCCAACCCCCCGCUCUGAGGAGCGAGUCUUGGGGGGAACCGCAGCCAGGAGACCGCAGCCUUUAGCGAGCUGGGGUGAAGCCUGGAGCCCGCUGACUCGGGACGCGUGUCACCAGGGCAACGGGGGCUGCGGGGGCCGCGGGGGCCGCGGGGCCGGUUCCCAUUCAGCCGGCCCGAGCUGCUGAGGGAAUGGGUGCUCAACAUCGGCCGGGCCGGCUUCGAGCCCAAGCAGCACACGGUCAUCUGCUCUGAGCACUUCCGGCCCGAGUGCUUCAGCGCCUUCGGGAACCGCAAGAACCUCAAGCACAACGCCGUGCCCACCGUCUUCGCCUUCCGGGAGCCCGCGCAGUGCUGUGACCUUGAACUGGCGACCUUCAGCUGCCCUGGGGCUGUCUCCACCCAUGUCGCCCUGCGUGCUGUGACGGCAGGGACUUUCCUGCUGGAGGCCUGGCCGGGCGCCCUGGGCAGGGGCCCUCGGUGUGUGUGUUGGUGGACGUUGUUUCAUCCCAGUCACGCAGGUCUGGUGCAGAAUGCAGACCCCGCAGGCGCGCGAGACGCUGGCUCUCCGGAGGUCCGCCCCGAGGCAGGGGCCAGGGAGCAAAGCCCUUCCUGGAGCACAGACGCUGCCCGUGAGGAGCUGCAGCUGCUGCCCAGGACAGAGGGGCCGCUGACUCAGGCCGUGCCGCCGAGGCCGGAAGCGGCAGCAGGCGCAGGUGCAGCGGCCAGCCACGCGGGCCCACGGAGAGCCCGCCCCGGGCAGCCGCCCGACCACAGCUACGCCCUCCGGGACG